AUGCAGAUCGGAAUCGCAACCUCCCUCCCGGCGCACCAGGUCCACCUUUUUCAGGCGAGGCGCGCCGGCAGCUUCAAGUACAACCAAUCUCCCCUCAAUCCUUGUGUAAUUUCUUCUUCCUCUUCCGCCGCCGAUUGUACCAAGAGGCACCUCUCCAACCUCGACAGGCUUCUCCAAAAACAGGAGCCACCGACUCCGAGACCCGACGGCGGCGCUUCGGCAGCGGGUUGGGCGAAUCGGGGGAGGAACUUACUGGAGGGGCUGAAUCUGGCGCGGAUCUGGCCCGAAUUGAAGGCGGCGGAAGAGAUGUCCCCCAGGCACUUGAACCGGCUGCAGCGGCUACUCUCGAAGACGCCCGAAUACUCCCCCCGCAACAGCCUGGCUUCCCGGUGGAGGGAGUACCACGGCGGCGACGACUGGAAGGGGAUGCUGGACCCCCUCGACGAGAAUCUCCGGCGGGAGGUGGUCCGUUACGGCGAGUUUGUCCAGGCGGCGUACCACGCCUUCAACUCAGAUCCGGCCACGGAGGCCGACGAGGCGCCGCUCCCCGUACGCGUGUCGCUUCCCGAUAGGUCGUACAGGGUCACGAAAUCGCUCUACGCCACGUCAUCCGUCGGGCUGCCGAAGUGGGUCGACGAAGUGGCGCCGGAUCUCGGGUGGAUGACCCAGCGGACCAGCUGGGUCGGGUACGUGGCGGUCUGCGACGACCGCAGGGAGAUCCAGCGGAUGGGCCGCAGGGACAUAGUCAUCGCCUUGCGCGGCACUUCGACCUGCCUCGAAUGGGCCGAAAACAUGCGGGCCGGACUGGUCCCAAUGGACGACGAGGACUCUCCCCAAGCCCAAAACCAGGCGAAGGUCGAGUGCGGGUUCCAAAGCCUGUACAAAACCGAAGGAGCCCACGUCGCCAGCCUGGCCCAAUCCGUGGUCCAAGAAAUCAAACGCCUGAUGGAGCAAUACAAAGGCGAGACACUAAGCAUAACAGUCACCGGCCACAGCCUCGGCGCCGCCCUCUCCCUUCUCGUCGCCGACGAGCUCAGCGCCUGCUCCCCCGACGUGCCGCCGGUGGCGGUUUUCUCCUUCGGGAGCCCCCGCGUCGGGAACCGCGCCUUCGGGAACCGGCUGAAGGGCAAAAACGUCAAAGUGCUGCGGAUCGUGAACAACCAGGACGUAAUUACCAAAGUGCCCGGGCUGCCGAUGGUGGAAGAUGACAGCCACCCGUUGGCGUACAGCCACGUGGGGACCGAGCUGCGUGUCGACACGCGGAUGUCGCCGUACCUGAAGCCGAACGCUGACGUGGCGUGCUGCCACGACCUGGAGGCGUACCUGCACCUUGUGGACGGGUUUUUGGCGUCCAACUGUCCGUUCAGGUCGAAUGCGAAGAGGAGUCUGGUGAAGUUGUUGAGUGAGCAGAGAGGGAAUGUGAAGCAGUUGUAUACUAGCAAGGCGCAAGCCUUGAGCUUGAAGUUUGAGAGGCAAGGGCUUGCGCCCACUGGCUGCUUGCCUAGCCCUUCUUCUUCUUGA